UAACUAUCGAACGCACAUAUAAAAAGAGGCAUCACGAGGAGACUGGCAGAGACAAAAGUCGAACAUCCGACAGCGCUCGUUCAUCAGCCUGAUCACGCAGGAAACGGUCAUUUGCUGGGAAGGAUGAAGUGGACAGCUGCAUUCCUGGUCCUGGUCAUCGUGGUGCUGAUGGCACAGCCCGGAGAAUGUUUUUUGGGACUCAUUUUUCACGGCCUAGUUCACGCCGGAAAGCUCAUCCACGGGUUGAUCCACAGGAAUCGCGGCUUUGAAGAGCAAGAGGAGCUCAACAAGCGCUCGGUGGAAUUUGUGGCUGACCAGCAGGCUAUGAACUGAGGUCGUU